AUGCAGCGAGGCAGGGUAAGGGCUGCGGGCUGCGGGCCGGGGGCUGCGGGGCGCGGGCGGUGCCGGCGGGUCUCGGUCCCGUCCCCGCUGACGGCGCCGUCGUUGCAGGUGCGGGCGGCGGCGGCGCUGCUGGCGCUGCUCUGCGCGGCGCUGCUCCCGCUCCGCGCCCAGCCCGCCAGGGCGCACAGGCAGCGGCCGGCGCGGACCCGGAGCUGCGGAGAGCGGCCCGAGGAGCUGCUGGAGCAGCUGUACGGGCGGCUGGCGGCGGGCAUGCUCAGCGCCUUCCACCACACCCUGCAGCCCGAGCCGCCGGGUCGCCAGCACAACGCCAGCUGCCCCGCCGGGGGACGCCCGGCCGCCGACAAGAGGGUCCGACUCCCCGUCAACAUGCGCAGCGCAUCGCCAUGGGCUUACAGAAUUUCCUAUGAUCCCACAAGAUAUCCCAAAUACAUUCCUGAAGCAUACUGUCUGUGCAAAGGCUGCCUCAUGGGGAUCUUUGGGGAGGAGAAUUUCCACUUCCGCAGCACCCCUGUGUACAUGCCGACUGUCAUCCUGCGCCGCACGCCCUCCUGUGCCGGGGGCCGCUACGUCUACACAGAGGAUUACAUCACCAUCCCAGUGGGCUGCACCUGUGUGCCUGAGCCAGAAAAGGAGGCCGAAAGCGUAAAUUCCAGCAUAGAUAAGCAAGAGGUGAAGCUGCUGGUGAGCCAGAACAAGCCCUCGUCAGAAUGAAGAACAUACUGGGAGCUGUGUUACAGUACUGGCCUCACAUUCACAUUUCACCACCUUGGGAAACGGUGACACGGCAGCAAACACAUUGACUUGCCCUCUUUUCCUGCUUACAGUUAUUUCAGUUAUAAGACGGAAAGUUUUGUCGAGUCACUCAGAUCAUUAGAGAUGGCGAAUCAUAUGAAGAACUUCUUUAGUUUAUGUACUCCUGUUUAGUGAACCUGUUGAGUUUGUUGCUGCAAAUUCCAAAGUAGCCUUUUUUAUUUUUCUUAGAGCAGAACAUUUUAUCCUUGCUUCUUCACAGUAAAUUUUAGAAGAUGACGCAAUUGUAAGACAUGUUAGCUAUUAUUACAGCAGGCUGCUGGUUGUAGAUAUUUUUAAAGAAUCUCUUAUAUUCUAAGUACCCUUAUAUAAAAAUCACAUAGUGCCGACCUGUGCCCAAUCAGCAGUUAAAAGGAUAAUUUCUCAGGCUGAGAAAGCUUUCCUUUACAUUGCAUAAUCUCCAAGCAGUGUUCUUGGCUGUUACAUCUUUGGCUAUUUAUACAACACAGCAAGGAAACCUUUGCUGAGUUAGAGUUAUUAAUGAAACAAUAUUCUAGUGUGUUUGCUAUUUUUAAACUUGCAAAAUUGCUAAGGGUACAAAAGUGUUGAGAAAAAAACAUGCUAGAAUAUUGUAAAACUGCAGCAGACUUUUCUGAUGUGGACUAAAUCUGAUUACACAGAGAAUAUCAGUUAGAAAAAACACGCUUUGGGUCCCAAGAAUUCUGUAUUAGAUUUCAUCCAUCACUAACUGCGUAACUGUUUCUUGUGAUAGAAGUGUACCUGUACAGUUGAAAGGCCAAAACUUUUUUCAUGUUAGGAGAGGAAAUUGUCUAUUAAAAAAUAAGUACAGAGGACAGAGUCCAUCUCAAGUACACUGCAAGCUAGGUCUUAACUUCUAGAUGCUACAAGAAGUUACUGAGGUGAGUCUCAGUCAAUCCAAACAAUUUAUACAAUUGCUGUUACACAGUUUUCCCUAUGCCACAUGUAACAAUCACCCCCAAGAGCUGCUAGUCUGCAGAAGCACCAUCUUCCAUCUGUGCAGCUUACUGCUGAAGGAACUUGAUGGCAAGCCCUAACUGGAAACCCUGGAUACACAAAAAAUUGCAUUUCCAGAACAAGAGACUGAAUGUUGACUCAGUUUAGUGAAUAGGAAUCAGGAAUAACCAGGCAUGCCUUGCACAAACAUAAUUCCUCAGAGGGCCACACUUGCCAAAACUGAUCAAGCUCUGAAUGCACAGCAGAGAGUUUUCUUUUUACUGCUGAAGGACCUUGACUGCAGUAUUUUUACAGAAUAGUCAUCAUAUGCAGCAAUGCAUUUGCUAUAUGUCAAGAAUCUCAAAACUGGCCUUUAAUUCACAGCGGAGAGAGCCCCUACACUACACAAACACACACUUCUUUGGAGUGUUGUUGGAUGAAGAAUGGAAAGACUACAAGCUAAUCAGAAUUAACAAGUUAAACAGAGAAUGGAAGUCAUACGACAACUACUUAUCUUGGUGCACAGUUAUGGACUGUGCUCUCUUAUGACCCAGUCUAGCAUAACAGUAUUUUUACGGUGUAACUUCGUACAAAGCCUAAAAUAGCUUAAUGAAUUAAAGAUUCCCUUCAUGAUGUCAGAUUGAAGAUUGUAACUGUGUCUUUUGUGCAGAUGCUUUUCCUCAAUUCUACUUGUCUUUAGAUCUGUGUUUCCUCAAAUUGUGAUGCUUCUGUCUCAAGGAAACCCUCAAAGGAGAGUUCAAACAAGGUCAUAAAGUGUUUAUACUACUCAGAGAACAGCUAAUUGCCUAGCUGCUGCCAGCAAUUAGAGGUAGUUACCUGCUCCCUAGAGAAUGUAAAUGCUUGCAGCAGUUACAACCACUUUUCCUUCCUCCUAAGUUGGAGGAACUUCUCACCCUCUGAGCAGAGGGAAAUGGUAAUCAGAGGGGCUCAAAAGGGAGACAGACCCACAAAACUGGAGAAACACUUCAUUGGAUGAUGUUUCUACAGCCUGUCUUCUUAAGAGUUUCACUACUACACUGUGAGGUUUUUUCUCCACACACACACUUCAGGCAGGGUGAAGAUGAACUUUCAGACUCCACAGCAUAGAAAGCAAAGUGUUCACCAUAAAAGGCAGUAAAAUGACCCCAAACAACAAAAACAAAAUGUCAAACCACGCAGCAUUUAACAUGUAGUAAAUACUCAGAGGGGCUACCAGCUAAAACUCUGGCUAAACACUGCCCUCCAGCAGAACUCAUCUGUCUGCCCACAUGCUUUUCUUAUACAAAUUUGUCUGCAACUAAUUAGUUAUUAGAGCACAUGGAUAUAUUUGCGUGAUGUGGAGGAAAAAAAAUCUCACUUUUUUUGUUGCAGUUCUUGUGCUGCAAGCAUUAAUUUAUUGGAGUUAUUUUGAGGGUUUCAAGUAACUAGAGCAUGUUCUUGGAAUUUCUGGGAGUUGCAAACUAAGAUCAGGUAAAUGGAGCCUAAUCAGUUUCUCCAGUCCAGUAAAACAAAUGCUUUGGCUUACAUAGAGCUUCAGAAACUGGAUGACAAAAAGUACUACAGAACUGCAAAAUCUCAGUGGAUCAAUAGAAUGAGAAUGUUGGCAGCAACCU